AAUGGCCGGAAGAGUUAAUUCGGGGUGAACAACAACGAAGCUCCUUACCGAUCUAAUCCGGUGAUGGAUAACGGUAAGGUGUCCCGCGUUUCAAGCAGUCCCUCUCUCAAGGUAAUGGGAACACAAGGUAGCGGAGUUCAGGGGAACAAGAAUUCCCCAUUGCAGGAUCGGUCCGAAGCUGCCAAUUCCCAAGAGGAAUCCACAGUUUCUGAACAAAACCCCAAUGGAGAUUCUGGCAUCAAAGCUGCAAACGAUUCGAAUUCAAGGAAAAGAAAAGCAGCAUCAAAAGGGAAAGGAAAGGAAACUUCAGUAUCCCCAUCACCAAAUACUUAUACAAAGGUAUCUGAAACUAAUGAAGAUUCAAAUCCCAAGCGAUGCAAGCAAUCCGAGGACGAAAAUGGUCCUACUAAAGCUGAAGAAGAAGCGAAAGGUAGUAAUGUGGAUGAGAAACAGAACAAGGCUAACACAAAGCCUCUUGACUCCUGAGCCUCCAAAGGACUAUAUUCAUGUUAGAGCAAGAAGGGGUCAAGCCACCGACAGCAAUAGUCUAGCUGAAAGAGUGAGAAAUCACAACUCAAUUAGAACAUUGAAGUAUUCCAGAUUUUGUAUUGAAAACUGAAUCUAUGUUAAUAUUCAUCAAUUGGACAGGUUCGAAGAGAGAAAAUCAGCGAAAGAAUGAAGCUUCUCCAAGAUCUUGUUCCCGGUUGCAAACAACCCCUGAUGAGCAAACCGUUAAAUGUUAACGGAAAGGUUAAGAGAGGGGCUGCUUUGCCACCAGUUGGUGAGUUGAGGGGUUGAUUUGCCACCAAUUGGGGUUGAGGGGGUGAUUUGC